AUUGUGACGUACGUUUUACCUUUAGAAUUACAAUUUAAUUGUUAAUUCUUAAUAUUUUUUACUGUGGCUGUAUUAAGUUAAUUGGGCUGUACAUUUGGAACAUUUUGUGCUUGUUUUAAAAAUGACAUUUCUACAUGAGUGACCUUGGACUUCUGAUUUAUAUCACACAGAUUUGGCUGGAUGAACAGCUUUGCUCAAGAUGUAGUGAAUGAAGCUUAAGCGAAGCAAGCGAUGGACGUGGACAUCAAUAAACAUUCAACUCAGCAUCUGACCAUGGAGGUGGCCGUCGGGACCGGGAGCGCAGAACAGAUUUCAGCAUGCAACAAGUCAACUUGGAAAUUUCCGAGAAUCUGGAGCGACACCGAACGGAUGGCUUCAGCGGCUCCAAAGCUCUGGUGGUCCGAAGAGGAGAGCUGUUCAGAGUCAGCCUGCCGCUGAAGGAUCGACCUUUUGACCCCCGCACGGACGCUCUCAGAAUCACAAUCAUGCUAGGCCGCCUGUACGUGAGCAUACCUGUCACUUUUUCUGUCAAGUUUUCUUUGUCCCGGUGGGCAGCCUUUAUGGACUCUGAGAGCCUGAACCCAAACAACCCCUCAGUAUUCAUCUCGGCCCCCUCCUCGGCCUCGGUGGGCUGCUACAGAUUUAAGCUGUGCGUGUUCACUCAAGACAAGGUGAAGGUUUGCGCUGUCGGCAAAUUCAUCCUGCUUUGCAACCCGUGGUGUCGUGGUGAUACAGUCUAUAUUCCCUUUGAGGACCAGAGAGAGGAAUACAUCCAGAAUGACUCCUGUUUGCUGUUCAUGGGAACGUCUAUGAACCUUGUGUCCAGACCGUGGUCCUUAGACCAGUUCGAGCCCAACGUUCUGGAGGCGUGUCUCAACCUGCUGAAUGUCAGCCCUCAGCACAAACUCAAUAGAAGGACAGACUACCUGAACCGGAGCAACCCAGUCUACAUCAGCCGAGUGGUGUCUGCCAUGAUCAACUGCGAGGACGACCGUGGAAUGCUGAAAGGCAACUGGUCGAGCGACUUCAGCGACGGAGUCCAUCCAUCCAUGUGGUCCGGGAGCGGCGACAUCUUGAGGGGUUGGGCUCAGUCUGGUUACCACCCUGUCAAGUAUGGCCAGUGCUGGGUGUACGCUGCCGUUAUGUGCACGGUCAUGCGAGUCCUUGGCAUUCCUUGUCGUAUCGUCACCAACUUCAACUCGGCUCACGACACCAAUGGCAACCUGGUCAUUGAGGAGUUCUACAGUGAAACAGGCCAGAAGCUGAAGAGCACUAAAGACUCCAUUUGGAACUUUCACGUCUGGGUGGAGUGUUGGAUGACCCGGCCAGAUUUGGGAGGUGACAUGGACGGCUGGCAGGUUCUAGAUCCCACUCCCCAGGAGAGAAGCCGAGGGGUGUUUUGUUGCGGUCCCGCUCCCACCAAAGCCAUCAAAGAGCGACGCGUUGACCUCUUCUAUGACAUCCCCUUUGUGUAUGCUGAGGUGAACGCUGAUGUCCACACUUUCGUGGUGAGCCAGGGUCGGGUGGUGAGCCGCAGCGUGGACACGGACAGGGUGGGACCGCUCAUCUGCACUAAAGUGGUGGGCCUCCCCAGACUGCAGAACAUCACCGGGGACUAUAAACCCAUACAAAGCCUGACGUCAACAUUGUCAUCAAACAGGUCCUCCACGUCAGAGAGCUCGACGCUAAGGAGAGGCACAAAGAGGAUGGCUGCCUUUUUGACGCUCGAUAAAACCCCUGUGGCUGGGGCAUCCAUCCUCUUCACUUUGAAGGUCAUCAACAGGCAGAGCGUGGCUAAAAUGAUGAAGGUCCACCUCAACGCUCAAACCAAAGAGUACAACCACAGCCCCUCGGAGACCUUCUGGGAGGCCCACCACAUGAUCCAGCUGGCACCCUUGGAAGUCAAGGUCCUGAAGCAGCAGAUCCUCCCACCCCAGUAUGAGGACCUGGUGGGGGACGACCUAGUCAACCUGGCAGCGGUUUUGGAGGACGUGGUCACUCAUGAGCGAGUGCUGGCCUUUGAGGAGUUCAACAUCGCCAGUCCACAGCUUGUCAUUGAGAUUGAAGACGAAGAGAACGUGGUAUUGAACAAAGAGCAGGCAGCCAGCGUGAGCUUCACCAACCCCUUUUCUCAUCCCAUAAGCGGCCUGCUGAGCGUGUCUGGUGGCGGCCUUGUCAAAGGUCAUGCUAACUUCAGGAUGUUUCCGCUGCGUCCAGGAGGAAUAGGAGAGCAACGCAUCAACUUCCUCCCCAGCAAGACGGGAACAAAGAUGCUUCAGGCUUCCCUCAUGCUCUCUAAUAAGACCACCGUGAGGGGAUUCAAGAUGGUGACCGUCCGCCGUAUUUAGGCCUCACUUUUGCUGAUUAUCCCCUUCAAAUGUGAAUAUACAACUUGUUGCGCAUUUGAAAUUGAGCUUUUUUACUUUGCUAUUGCCUCGAUGUGAUA